UUGUGCUCCUAUUGGUCGAGUGGAAGGUCAGCUGCUAUAGCGAGGACACACGUGCUGCUCCGCGCAUUUCAAGAUCAAGAUGGCAGCCUCCGUGUGUCGGUGCUACGAGCUGGUUGGCAGACGGGCUUUGGCCCUCUGCUCCCGGCCUCUGGUCUCCUCAGUGUGGAGAGGACAUGCCUGCAGGUUACCUGGGACCCCAGCUGCACCUGUGCAGGUGCGAUAUUCUUCAGGGCGUAAAGGUUUCCUGGGAGAGUUUAUAGAAAACCUGCGCCAGGAGUUCAGUAAGGAUCAGGAGAUGAAGGAGAACAUAAAGAAGUUCAGAGAAGAGGCCAAGAGGCUCGAGGAAUCUGAUGCUCUCCAACAAGCCCGCAAGAAAUAUAAAUCUAUCGAGGCUGAGACAGUGAAGACUUCUGAGGUGUUUAAGAAGACCUUUGGCUCCCUGUCAGACACCGUCAGGGAGGGCUUGGAGGAGGUGAGUCGCACUGACAUCGGGAAGAAGAUCAAGGAAGGCGUGGAGGAGGCGGCCAGGACGGCCAUGCACUCUGCUGAGACUGUCUCCAAAGGAGGAGAAAAACUUGGCAAAACCGGUGCAUUCAAGGCCCUCUCACAGAGUGUGGAGACCAUGAAGAAGGAGAUAGAUGUCGGUGAUGCCGGUCCUUACAGGGCUCCCUCUCAGCUGAGGAAGAGAAGCGAUUUCUCCUCUAAAGGAGCAGAUAGCGACAAUAGAGUGUUCGAGGCCAAUGAGGAGGCUAUGGGUGUCGUUCUCCACAAGGAUUCAAAGUGGUUCCAGCAGUGGAAGGACUUCAAGGACAAUAACGUAGUUUUUAACAGGUUCUUUGAGAUGAAGAUGAAAUAUGAUGAAAGUGACAAUGUCGUCAUCAGAGCAUCCAGGGCUGUGACUGACAGAGUCACUGACCUCCUAGGUGGUCUCUUCUCUAAGACGGAAAUGUCUGAAGUCCUCACAGAGAUCGUGAAGGCAGACCCCACCUUUGACAAAGACUCUUUUCUCAAACAGUGUGAGAAAGACAUCAUCCCUAACAUACUGGAAGCUAUGAUCCGUGGAGAGUUGGAUGUGUUAAAGGAUUGGUGCUAUGAAGCUACGUACAGUCAGCUGGCUCAGCCCAUCCAGCAGGCCAGAGCGCUGGGACUGCUCUUCCAGUCCAAAAUCCUUGACAUUGAUAACAUAGAUCUAGCGAUGGGUAAGAUGAUGGACCAAGGCCCAGUGCUGAUCAUCACCUUCCAGGCUCAGGUUGUCAUGGUGAUCCGCAGCCCUAAAGGAGACAUUGUGGAAGGAGAUCCGGGGAAGGUGAUGAGGAUGAUGUAUGUUUGGGCGUUGUGUCGCGACCAGGAGGAGCUGAAUCCCAACGCAGCCUGGAGACUCCUGGACAUCUCCGCCUCCAGCACUGAGCAGGUCCUUUAGGAGGAGGAAGAGGAGGAGGAGGAAGAACACCAGUGGAAAGAGUGACAGGGACACACAAACUGUGAAGAAGGGCGAAAGAUAAGAGAAUGUGCCUGAAACACCUGCACGAACUGACUCACAUGUAUACAUACACUAACAUCUGAGGGCUGAGUGCGCUCACGCUGCUGUGUAAUGCCAGAGACUGCAUUUGUACACACUCACAUUUCAGAUUGUAAGGUGCAAAAAUAUACAUGAACAUAGAGAUAAAAUACUGACAUAUGUUGUAUCCAUCGAAAAACUGUGCAUCCACUAGUGUGUGUUGUCUUUGACACUGGUUAGCUCAGUAUUUGGGUUUCCAGGUGGAAUAACGUAGAACAUUUACAUUUGCUUUUCAACGGAUGGAUUUUCACAAAAUGGCUACAUGAGGAGCCUGUGCAUUUCACUUUCAUCCAGUGGUGCAGUUCGUCACUACCAACCUGGUGGCUAGAUCCAAGAAGAUCAGUGGAAAUAAAUGGACACCACACAUGUGAUUUUACCUGUUCGUCUCUUAAAAGCUCAGCACCGUCAAACGAUGUAAGCGGGGAAAUAACAAUUAAAAGCCUUAUUACAGCAACCAACAUAGCUGAGUGGGGCAGCAUGAGAGGUCUUAUUAAUCAAGGUAAAUAUCCUGUGCAAUUUAAUUUUGACUUUAUGAGUUAAAUCAGAUUGGACUUGAGACAAAAUUUAGCUCUGGUGGUUCUUGCUUGAUUCCUGCUGGUUUCACAAAGAUAAAGAUAAGUUAAAUGCAUCUGCGACAGAUAAGAUUAAUUAUGAACCAUAUAAUAUGAUCUAUCUAUAGUCAGCAGGUAUCUUUGUAAUGCAGUAUGCUUUCUCAGACUGCAGUGCAUUGGACUCCCAGAGUAUUCCUGACACCCUCGGUGAGAAGAAGUAUAUUGUAUAAUAUAAUAUAAUAUAGUGUCUACAGCUCUUAACUCUGUAAAUAUAGUACGUGUCAAGUACUGAUUCUUUGUAAGCUUGGAUGGGACCACAUUGUCAUAUGUCAUCACUGCAGCUUUGUUGUUUGAGGAUCACUCAGCUCAUGUUGCACAUUGUUCAGCUGUACUAAAAUGUUUGGUUUACUGUAAUGAACGACUACAUUACUGUGUUGACUGUAUUUAACAUUUAUUCUGUGUCUGUGUGGGUGUCUGCUCACACGUUUCUUAGGAUUGAACACAUGGUUGUACUGUAACUGCUGUUCGGUUCAUCCACAGAGACAUCCAAACUUGGGAAGACAAGCUGAUUAAUGCCUUUGGUGCCCAUAUUACACCACGAGAAUCUGAUCAUGUUUAUGUAUAACAUUUAUCGUACGUGGCCAAAGCGUGGGAUGUGAGAGGGUAUUUUUUUUAAAUCACGUGAUAGAUAAAAUCUAUUUGUGUCUUAUUUUUCUUUCUCUUUGAUCAGAAUAAUGACACAUUCCUCUCACUGGUGUAGAUUGGUUACAAGUUGUAAAUGAUAACACACCCAGCCUCCCAACUUGUUAGUAAAAUAUAUUGUGUCAUCAGUUUUUCAUGUUUAUUUGAAAAAUUAUCUGGUUGUUGCCACAUUUUCCCAAAAUCACGAGAAAUUCCUCAUACUACAAAAUGUAGAUGAAUUUUGAAGUGUUCCAAUAAAAUGUACACAUUACAUCCAUCCUUCAACUUUACGUUCAUUAUUUAUUCUGUGAGUUGACCAAAGGAAAAAAAAAACAUAUUCAUGAGUUUUUCAUUUGUUGUUCAGUAAUAUAUCUGUUUGCAGAAUAAAGAGUGCUGUAUUAUGAUUUGCUUCAUCCAGGCUUUCUUGGAGUCAGCAGCUUUGUAUGCAUUUUGUGUGUUUGUGUUCACGAGAGAAAAUUAAACUACACAUUGUGUGUG